AUGGUCAAGCGGAUGUUUCCGCCCCAUCCGGGAGGGGGAUUCAAGGGGUUCUGGGGAGUGGGCGGCGGGGGAGGGGGGAGCGUGGGGAGUGGAGGCGGGGCUGGGGGGGGAGGAAGCGGGGGGAGUGUGAAGACGGAGGCACCUGGAGUGGUCACGCUCAUCUCAAGUGACCUCAGACUGCUCUGGAACCUCGCAGGGGUGGAGAAGCUGUUGGAGCUGCAGCGGGUGGCGGCGCGAGUGGCAGUGCUGGGGCGCAAGUGCCGCAGUGUGCGCCUGCACACGCUGGGGGACCUCUUCCCGCUGCUGCUCUCCCCCGACUCCGACCUCUCGCACUUUGCCGUCUCCCCCGCUGAAACCGACGCCCUCAUCAAGUUCAUGAGGGAGCAAGCGGAGGCGACAGAGCGGCUCAAGUCAGAGAUGGAAGCCAUUCAACAGCUGCACCACCGCAUUCAGGAGUACGGAGAGUGGAACAAGCUGCAAGACAUGGUAGCACAGGGCAAGUCAGUGGAGAAGCUGCAGUCGCACUGCCUCUGGUCCUUUGACCUCGACUAUCUGCUGCAGCUGCUAGUAGCCGCCCUCUGCUUGAUCCGCCGGCGUAUCUUCGCCUCCUUCGGCCCGCCGCCCUCCUCCACGUCCCCCUCGGCGCCGUCGCUAACAGUGGGGUCGCUGGGCGCGUGGGGGCUGGCGCUGCAUUAUGCCAACGUGGUGGUGCUGCUGGAAAGGAUUAUUCAACUGCCAGAUGCUGUUAUGGGACCCACCAGGGACGAGCUAUACGAUAUGCUACCGCGCAGCAUACAGCAUGCGCUACGCUGCCAGCUGCAGGACCCCGAGAACUUUCUCCCGGACGGGCGAGUGGAGGCGAACCUGAAGCGCGGGCUGCUGCUGCUGCCCACCAUGGCGCACAACACCAUCUUCUGGCAGUCGCUGCACACACCGGGGACCCUCAUGGGCGCUGAUGAAGUCGUCUUUCAAGUGCAGGUGGGUUGGGGGGAUGGUGGGGACGUUCUACUAUGCGUGCAAGGAGGCAGUGGACGCAGCUCUCAUAGACGUGCUGCUAGGCCCGUCCCACAGCACCAUGGGCAGCAGCACCAUAUGUGCCACCCGUGCCCUCUCCAAACCCACCCUGCCCUCCGUCUUUCCUACCCCCUUCUUCCCCACCACCACCAGACGUUCUACUACGCGUGCAAGGAGGCAGUGGACGCGGCUCUCAUAGACGUGUUGUUGGGUCUGUGCCGCAUCUGUGGGGUAGAGGAGCCCAUCUCAGGGCCCUUCGCGCCCUCCUACCCCAUCCCCACCUCCCUCUCCUCCUCCAACCCCUCCUCCUCCUCCACCUUCUCUCCGCGGUCCCUCGACUCGUCAACAGCCAGCAGCGGCGGCGGGAGCUUUAGGAAGGGUGGGGGAGGGUAUGGAGGGGCUGGGAGUGGUGACGGGAUUGGGGGGUAUGAGGAGACGGAUGAGCAAUUUUUGGCGAGGUAUGGAGGGGGGGCGAGCAGGGUGGUUAGCAGUGCGGCUGUGGAGGGGUGGGGGGGUAUGGUGGUGAAGGUAAAAGAAGACAUGACAGAGAGGAGAGCAUGGCGUUUGCAGCAGAUAGAAGCGCAGGAGAAGGAGAGGGAGAGGGAGCGGGAGAGAGAGAGGGAGCUGGAGAGGGAGAAGGAGCGGGCGAAAGCGCAGAGGACGCGGGAGAAAGGGGGUUGGAAAGGGGAGAAGGGAGGGAAGAGCGAGAAGGGGGAGAAGGGGGACAGGCGUGAGUUUGUGGAGAUGGGUGUUGGGGAAGGGAGGAGGGGCUCUGGAUGGGAGGAUGUUCCGAGAAUACUCAGUUCGGGUGAAGGGGCAGGCAAGAGCACGAGAAGAACAGAGAGGAGGGACGGGAGAGACUCUGAAACAGCAGGGCAAUAUGAACAUGGGCUGGGAGCAGCAGGGAGUGCAGACGAUGGCAGAGGGGAAAGACGAGGCGAGGGGGGGGUUUUAGGUUUGGGAGAGAGAGGAGCGGGAGAGGGCGAGCGAGCAGAGAGGGGCGGGAAGGGGGGAGCAUCAGGCAGAGGAGGAGCAGGUGGCGGGCAGACAGGGGCCGACUGGUGGGAGGCUGGGAAGGAGAAGAGCAAGAAGGGCGCAGGGGGGGGCAGUAGCAGUGGGAUCGGGGGCGGGGGCGUGAGCACCGGUGGGGCCGGGGGUCCGGGCGGGGGUGGGGGUGGGAGGGUUAAGGCGGUGGCAUUGGAUACGAGCAACAGCGGUCGCAUGUCCCGCUCGCCUCUGCGCAUGGUCACUGCUGUGCUCUCCCGCAACCGUGCCGCCACCACCAGCAGCAGCGGUGCCGGCACUCCCGGCACUCCCGUCGGUUCCAGCAGCAGCAGCAGCAGGAGGAGGGUGUUUGUGGAGCGGAGUUGGAGCGAGGGAGGGGUGGUGACACGUGCAGAUAGUGAGGAGCGGGGUGUGGUGCGAGUGAACAGUAGCGGGAGCCUGUGGGGCGAAUCAGAUGCGGAUUUGGCUGCUGCUGCUGCAGCGGCAGCAGCAUACGUUGCUGCUGGCCGGGCUGCUGCUGGUUAUAGCGCAGGUGCUGGCCCUGCAAACGGAGCACAUGCCGAUGAUGGCGCUGCUGGUGCUAAUGGCAGCAGUGGGGCUCCCAUUCCAUGGUCGGAGUCUGAUCCCGUGGUGCAACUACCAGCUCUAGAAGACCUCAAACACACCAUGCUCGCCUCUGCCGCUGCUGGAAAAGCCGGUGCCACGUCUGGGGGCAGCAGAAGGGGCGAGAGGGAGAGCGAGAGGGAGCGGGGGGGCGUAGGCGGGGCAGAGGGAGCAGGGAGACGGCGUAAGGUGCAGCGGAGUGUGAGCCUGAGUGGUACGGCACUCAAUCUUGCUGCUGAUGCUGUUACAAGCAGCCCCGCCCCUGCCACUCCAAAGAGGGGCUUCUGGAAAGGGGGGAGUGAGAAGGAGCGGCGGAGAGACAGGGGAUUGGAUUUGGAUCAUGUGUAUCAUGGGCAGCCGGUUGGGACUCCUCGCGUUUCUGGCCGGCGAACGGUUGGGGAGGGAGAAGGAGGCGCAGGAGGAGGGAGGAGUGGGGGAGGGGAGGGGAAAGGCGUUCGGUCUGCGGCGUCGGCAGCUGCGGCGGCUGCGGCUGCAGCGGCAGCGGCAGUGGCAGCAGCAGCUAGUAAAAGCCCGCUUACUGGGGUAAAGGCGAAGAAAUGGAGAGAUCGGCUGGUGAGAGGGUCGUUUGGUGGCGGCGCUGACGGGGCUUCUGCUGCUGCUGCCACCGCUGCUGCUGCUGUGGAGGCACCUGAGGAGGAGGAGGAGGAGGAGGAGCGAUUUGGUGGGGAAGCAGCACUGCAGGAUUAUGGGCACGGGGAUGGAGAGGGAAGAGCGGGAAGGGAAGGUCUGGAGGGGAGAGAGUAUGGAUUGGGUGGUGGUGAGUAUGGUGAUGGGUUUGGGUUUGGUGGGAAUGAUAAGCAUGAUGGUAAUGCUGGUGGUGGUGGGGUAGGGGAUUAUGAUGAUGAUGACGACGAUGUGUGGGGCAAUCUCAAGGCACAAAAGAAAAAGGGAGCAACAUAG